AUGACACCACCAGAUGAAAUUCUCGUUUUAACACCUAACAGUAACUCCAGUGUCAUGAUUUACACAAAAGAUGGUCAUAAUAUAACAGUUAAUCAUGAUAUAAAUAAUCAUUUGUAUACUUUGUAUUUACAGAUUGAUAAGGAAGCAUUCAUUGAGGAGUUCAUCAUUAAUGAUUAUAUAGAUCAUCAAAAAACUCCAACAAAUACAUCAACAGUUGUUCGUGAUAUCGAUGGAUUUGUAGCAAAAGCACUCAAUAUGAUAAGUCAACUUGAAGAAUAUAUGAAAACUAAAACAGAACAAUAA